AUGUAAGAAUUGUAAGAAUUUCUCGAUAAGUAGAAAGAUUUGAAUUUCAAAAUGCUUGAAGAUAUGCUAUCAUCCUAAAGUCUUCAGAUCCAUAACUUAUCCAUGGGACUCAAAUCAGUUUAGAAUUGUUUAGAGAACUUUAAAUAAAAGACAAGAUUAAGAAAUAAGAACCUAUACAAGUUGUAUAGCAACGAAGAAGCAACGAUUUUUAUUCAUCUGGAGAAGGAAAUUUAAAACUUAUAAUGCAAAUCUGAUUUCACACUUUCUGUUUCCUUAAGAGAUUAUUCUGGCAAUUUGGCAAAAAAUGAAGAAUACACUGUCUACAUUAAAUUAUUUUCAGCUGAUAAAUUUCCUAAAGAAAUCACAGUCAAUUCCUAAGGAAAGCCUAUUUUGGUGGGAAAGACCAAAUUGUAAUUUAAAGGAAAAGGAGAAUUUAAAAAACUAUAGAUAACAGAGUAAUCCUCAAAUUUUCCUCAAGGCAAAUUUGCUUUAGUCUUAUAUUCUAAUUCACCUGAGGUAUAAUCCUUAAUACUAGAAAAUUUGGAAGUAUAAAAGAAAAAGUGA